GAGUCUUGCUCAUGAAAUAUCGCCAGUGUAGAGCCAUUAGAAAGUCCCCGACAGUGGUUAAAUGCGGUUCGUGGCUAGUUUUUGUUCUGAAAAUACACUUAAAAAAAAAAAACUAAAUAAAAAAUUAAAGUAAGUCAUUUUACAUCCGGUGAUUGUUCAAAAACAAUCACAAUCAAGCCAUAAAUCUCAAAACGGAUAAAAAAUUUACGCCGUUUUAACCCACUGCCAGCAUUAAGUGAUAAUUAGUCAACAACGCAAUUAUACAAACCAUCUUACGCAGUUCGUACAUCGGUUAUCAAGUGCAGUGCCCGUUGUGUUCUAAUCAUCGUGAUAAUCCAUCGAUUGCAAUAAAUAAAAAGGAGCAAGAAAUCUAAGUGCAACAAUAUAAAAUAAAGCGCUGUUAGUAACGGAAGGUUAAUUACGACUCGUUCGAGCUGGAGUGGCAACGCUCUAACAACCGCUACGUACAGUGGCGACGCCAUUUUGAGAAUACUGUGGCCAUUUGGAAAGUUGCUGAACACUACACACCGUGACCCCUGACAGAGCAAAAGGGGGCCACUGAUUAUACAAAAAAAAAAAAAAAAGAAAAGAAAAAUAAUUAAAAAACGAAUCGAACGUAAAAUAACCCGAAUAAAAAGCGUCAAUCGUGAAACUCUUACGGAAUAAUCAUGAAAUUGGAAAUAAUAUCAGCGGCUGACUUUCUCGUUCAAUUACUCCGACUACAGGCUGGCCAGCUGUCGGAGCGUCAGCUCGAUGAAUUCAAGUCAUCACUAAGUGAAGUUUUACGACGACGCUAUAGAGACCACUGGUUUCCAGAUCGGCCAAAUCGUGGUUCUGGCUAUCGUUGUUUACGUAUCAAUGGAAAAAUGGAUCCAGUAAUAGCACUUGCGGGGAGAAAUGUCGGUCUACUGCCGACAGUAUUGCAUACUCUCUUCCCAAGUGAAUUAACAAUGUGGAUUGAUCCAGCUGAGGUGUCUUAUCGUAUCGGUGAAAACGGUUCAAUCUGUGUUUUGUACGAAAGAACAGAGCCUGAUCCUGAGGAAAUGACGUCAAGACCAUCAUCAUCCUCAUCAUCGGUCUCAUCUAACUGCUCGUCCAGCUCAGUUUCUUCAAUGUCAACGGCAUCAUCACCAUCGCCAGCUUCACAUUCUCAGCAACAGCAGUACGAGAGCUGCAAGGACUCAUUGAUUUACGAGCACACACAGUUCAAUGAACAAAUAGCGGCAUUUGUAUCAAGUUGAACUGUUUUACUAUGGAGAAGGCAAAUCAAUUCAUCGAAUUAAUUACAAAUUAUUGAAUAUUAUAAACGCCCACAUUGAUCUUCGUGUUUCCUCGUGUUGUUUUGCCAUCAAUUAAUCACUUUUUCAUGGGAAAAUUCAUUAGAUUUUCCUCGAUACACGCGACAUUGUUAAAUGAUUAGCUCUGAAAAUCGUACUACUCUUUGCAUUCACGUGGAAUUACAAGACAAAAUCGCGUUUUUUUUUUUUUUGGCAAAUGUUUUUUCUAUUCUCAACUGGAAUGGGUGAGAUUGGGAUUCAUCAGUACGAAUAUGGAGUUCUGUCUCUCUCAUCGCCAUGUUGGACGCUCGCCAUCCAUUAGCCACUGACUCGUAAAACACGUCCGUCCAUCUGACUCCAACCGACUAUUCUACCGUAUCAGCAUUGGGAGGAAAUUGUGAACAGUACUGCGUCACCAGUGAAUACAACGUCAAUGGAAGAAAAAAAACAUGUACUAGCCUCGUGCAAGAUAACUGAUCUCAAUAUUUGUUAAAAUUAUUACUAAUCGUUGUGAUUGUAAUCCAUCAUUUAAUUUUAUUUUCCAUUUAUAUUUUGACGCAAUUUAAAAAAAAAAUUCAUCUUUUCUUUGAUAUGGACAUGUGGGGGUUUUUUUUUUUUUUUCAAAGAAACAAGAAUUGAAAAUUAAAUAGAAGAGAGUAAAAUACCUCAAGAAGAGGUUCGAUUCAAAGAGGGAUGGACACAAGGAUCCGGUUUCCCCCAGGCAGUCUGAAUAUCUCCAGAUUUGAGCGGUGAAAAUUUUCUAAUGAUCCUUUUUUAUAGUGUGUAUUGAGGGACAUAAAAGAGGUAAUGAGUAACUAUUUUUCAUUAGCUUUAAAUUUGGAAAUAUAUGUCGAAAAGUAAGUAAUUAACGAAAUCGAUAUGGAACGGUCUAUUACUUUACGAUUGAGUUGAUUUGAUUUUUAUAAACAACGAUGGAUAAUCCUUAAUAUUAUGACACUAUAUACAUCGAAAUUAAACGCGUCCAACCCCUUUUUAAUUAUGAAUCGCCACCGUCAUCACGUCAAAUCUCUCAAUGACCUGAAAUUUAAAUACAAUAUGUUAAAAUAUGAGAACCCAAGUAGGAAGGACGAGGGAUGAAAAUUUAAUAAUAUGUGUAAAUGUAUAUAGACACAUAGCAUUUCACGUAAAACUGAAACACAGAUACGUGUACGUACUUGUAAUCUAUUGAUUGUAUAUUACAUCCUUUUAAAAAUAACUGUGAUUUCAAUCGCGACAUAAAGGGAUUUAAUUAUACGCGAGUUGAACCCGGAAAAUUCAAGAUUUUUUUUUUUUCUAUUGAGCUUCAUGAAUGGAAAAAGUUAAUUCAAAAGGCUGGCACUUUCUCUGGGGGAUUUUAUCAGCAAGUGACACAGUUUUACGUUAGGACUGUCAAUGGUUUUUUUUAUGUAUAAAAAAAGGCAAUAUGCUAAAAGUGACACAGUGAAACGACCUAGCAAUUGACUUGUUUUUUUUUCAAAUGUUUGUUCAACAAUUUUUCUGUGAAAAGCUGCAACACUCUUCAUUAUUUGUUGAAAUCAACUUCAAUAGAAUUUCACCUUGAAAAAGAAUAGAGUCCCUGUAUUAAAAUUUUCCAUUCAUAUUUGUUCUAUCAUCAAAUUAUCAUCACUUAUCAAUUAAACCACUAUAUGCCACCGAAAUGAUCGUACAAAUGAUAUAUUAUUUUUUAUUAUCGUCCUCUUUUUUUUUUUUUUUUCCUCAAUUCGCAAAUUUCAAUAGUUCAGGGGUGGCUGCUCCCCCGUUAACGUGAUAAGAUCAAAACAAAUGAUGACAAAAACAAAUAAUCGAAUGAAUUUGUUGAAGGAGUGAAUGUGUGAUAACUGUGCAGUGAACGAAUGUAAUAAGUUCGCAGAUUAAAUCGUUCCAAUGAUAUGCUCGAGAAUAUGAAGGAGAUGAAACAACAAAUAUUUCAAGGUGAUACCAAGGAGACAGAUUUCAAUUAUCGCCUUGUCAGGCGCUUUUUGGGAAAAGCCUCUGUGUAGGUAGCAAUUAGUGUUAAAUACAUCUGUGAUUAUCAUAAACGGUGAAAUGAGUCAAAUGAAUUCAUGUAAAGACAAUAUUUGUUGGUAUUGAUUGACGUAAUUAAUACAUUUUUUUCCAAUAAAUUUUAAUAGCGAACAAAUAAUUGGCAUUUCAGGUCUACCUCCAGCCUAAUUCAUCAAAGACAAUUAAUUGUCUGUGGCAUUACCUUCAUCUUUGUCAUUCCUUUUGCCCUUUUCCAAUUUAAAAUAGAAAAAAAAAUCACAAAAAACAUGGUAUAUAUUGUAUUUUGGUUUUAUAUUUGCUGGAGGGACUUAUGUAGACACAAAACAUAUAAAAAGCUGUCCUAUGUACAUUCGCCCCGACACAUUUUUAGUUGUAUUAUUAGCUGCCUAUACAAAAUCAUGGUUAAACUGCCACUUUCUGAUGAUUCAUUUAACAUUUUAUCCAUGAGUGUUUCCAUUUUCUUCCCCCAGAACUUGUAUUAUCAUUCGACAAGUACAAUUUAUGCAUUAUUUUAAACUUGUAAAUUGCAGCUAAAUUAAAUGAACAGAAAUUAAAUGCUGAAAUACUGCUUUUAAUUUUAAUAAAUGCACUCCAUGAUUUUUUUAAUAAAUUCAUAAUUACUGUACAGUGUGAAGGAAAAAAAACAACUUUUAUAUUUUAUAUAUAAUCAGAACAGUUUAUAAAAAAAUUAACAAAAAAAUUGUUAUCAGCAUUUAAUUGGAAUUUAUGUGCAAAUAAAGCGCCUGCAAUAAUGUCUGAUUCCACGAAUUCAAUUAUAAUUAAAAUAUAGACACUCUUCAGUAAAUCUUGUAAUUAUACAUAGAGUCCUUCAGGAAGAAUUUGUACAAAAAAAUGAGUAAAUGAGAAAAAAAAUAACCACUGGAUACGUGGUAUCCAGUAAGUCUGUGAUUUUAGCUUGGUUAAAUCAGUAUUUUUUUAAAUAAUAGGUGAGAAAAUAAAAUGACAAAAAAAUAUAUAUUAAAGUGGUGAUUUACAAGGUAAAAUAAAAGGAAACGAUAAUUGAAACGAUAAAAGUAUAAUCAUGAAUUGCGAACGAAAUAUGAGAGAGUAUGAGUGAGAGAAUAUAAAUGAAAUAAAUUGAUUGAAUGUGUAUGAUUUUUGAAUGAAAAAUGAAAAUUAAAAUACUUGACGGGAGAUUUGAAUUAUGAUGGAUAAUAGACGGCGCGCGAACAUUUUCAAUGUAAACAAGAAGCAAUGAGUCAAUUGAAUAAACAUUGACUCAUAAUGUUUGAGGGAGGAGGAGGAGGAGGUUGAGAGGCUAUUAGAGGCAAGAUAAACAACACAUUUGGGUGUCAAAAAUUGUCAAUUUUGUGGAAAACUUUUUUGAAAGUUUUUGUUUUUGCACAAAAAAUUGCUCGAUAUUUUCCUGUUAAAAUAAGUCAUCAUCUGCAUAAUCCGCUACCAUUAAAAAGUGACAAUUUUUUCAUUUCGGAACCGACCAAAAUCGAAAAUGAAAAAUCUCAAUCAUCUAAGUUUUCUAAUUUCUUAAUUAACGGAGAGACGAUUUUUUGCAUUGUUAUAAAAUAUCCCCAAUAUUUCAACAAAUAUAUCAUCCCCGACAGUUGAUUCAAAUGCUCCCAUUAGUAAAAUCAAUAAAAGUGCUAGAUUUUCUGUAGAAUCAGUGUGAGUUGUGAAAGAAGUGUAUAAGGAUAAAUUUGACAAAAAAAAAACGCGAAACAGUUUGAAGCCUCAGUAAUAUAAUGAAUCCAUAUUGCUUUAUUUUUUUUUUCUAAAUCACAAAAUGAAAUGUUUAAACUGUUGUUUGUUCUAUUCUGCUACUGUAACAAUUCAAGUUUUUGAGAGCAUACACACAUUUUCAUUGCAUUUAAAUGAACUGAAUUAUCGUCAGUCCUAUUCAAUAACGCUGAAAAAAAUAUAUAUAAACUUGAAUUUUGUUCCACAUACGAAAUCCAUUUGAGAAUUAAAAACAAACGUAGAGUUGAUGCAAACAACGCACAGGUUUUUUUUCCCUUUGAAAUAAAUGUGAAAUAAUAAACUCAUUGCAGCAGACUCCUACGAGGAAACACUCGAAUCCCUAGUAAUGUAGAUUCACUAUUAUCAUACAAUUAUAACAUUACAUCUAUUAUCUCAGUGUAUAAUUAUAUAUUUAGUUCUUAAAAGUUCAUUAAACAAUGAUGAGAAACAAAAUUUAAAUGAUUAAAAAACUAUAAUUUUUCGCUUGUAUAUAUACGCCGUGAGCUACAAAAAAUGAAAUCUUUAACGAAAUAUUAUGAGAAAAAUCUAUAAUUUUUUCGACUGUUUUUGUACAGAGAUGAAUAAAAACAAGAGGCCUCGUGCUUAUGGAAUUUCAUGAAAAA